UUUUUAGAUAAAGGAGUUCUUCAAAAAUCAAUGCUUGACAAUUUAUUUCAAAUUUUUGAUUAUUCAGCUACCUUCUACAACGAUCUUCUCUCCAGUAUGGAUCUUGAACAUUUGAAAAUUGAUCAAUUUAUAAGAAUUAUGGAAAUUUCAGAAAGAUUUCGAUUAUUUGGACAACGACAUUUUGGCAAUUCUUGCUCAUUAAUAGCAUUAACACUAGAAAAUAAAUCGAAAUCUUUUUUUGCCCACUACCACAUGGAAAGAAUUGAUGAAAUACAUAUGUUUUUAGAAAGUGAAACAUUCACUCUUUGUCCUGUGUCUGUACAAUUUACUCUUUUUGAUUUACCAGAAUUCUAUUUUCUUAAACGGUCGAAUGUGUUUGGACUGGAUAUUCCCAUUGUGGAGAAUUAUCUCCAAGCCAAUUGCUAUGAACUUGAUAGGCAAAUGGACUUUGUUUUGAUAGAAAAUUCAACAACAUUCGAUGUUUUUCCUACAUUAGAGCAAAUAAAUAGCAGUCCAUCACAUAGCUGUGACAGCAAAUUUAGCAAUUCUCUUUCAUGUGAUUCACCAGAAGAUGAAUUAGAUUCUAUUCAAAUAUUACAAAAUAAAUCAAUGCCUAAUUUAUGCAAUACUGCCCUAAAUAUUCUUCGAAUAAUUGGUAUAGAUGUAAAUUAA